AUGAAAGCGUUCUGCCAGUUCUGGUGGCUCCUGGGUUGGGCAGGGUACCAGCACGUUUUAUCACAAGAUUAUGAAGAACGUGGCGACGGGAAUUUAAUUAGGAAACAGAAAACUAAAUAUCUCUCAGCUAAUCCACCAGGCGAAAAUGACCAAGAGGAGGACUGCAGUUUGGAGAUCGCUUUCCUGUUGGACAGUUCGGAGAGCGCCAAAGACUACAACCACAACCGGGAGAAGAGCUUUGUGCUGGACUUCGUGGACCGGCUGCAGCAAUUGCGGGUGUCGAGCGGCCGGCGGCUGGUACCCAGAGUGGCGCUGCUGCAGUACUCCAGUACGGUGCUCAUUGAGCAGACCUUCCGCGACUGGAGCGGCGCGGCCACCUUCAGGGCCCGCGUCGCGCCCAUUGGUUACAUCGGCCAUGGCACUUACACCACGUAUGCCAUCACCAACCUGACCCAGCUCUACCUGAACGAAGCAGUCCCGGGCAGCGUCAGGGUGGCUGUGCUUAUGACCGACGGCGUGGACCACCCCAGGAACCCGGACAUCUACGCAGCCACGGCCGAGGCCAAGAACCAGGGCAUCAAGUUCUUCACGGUGGGCAUGUCGCCCGUGGCCACCGAGCCGCCCAACGCGGCCAAGUUGCGCCUGCUGGCCAGCCCGCCUGCUUCCCGCUUCGUUCACAACCUGCAGGACCACGGCGCCCUGGGGAAACUUUUACUGGAAGUGGGAGAGCUGGUUGAUGAUGGGUGCCCCAAAACACCAAAAUGUUUUUGUGAAAAAGGAGAAAGAGGUCCACCUGGUGCUGCUGGGAAAAAAGGACGCCCUGGCGAUGAUGGUUCUCCAGGUCUAAAAGGAAAUAAGGGUGAAGCAGGUCUGAGUGGAAUUCCUGGACGGGAUGGAUUGGAGGGUAGAGCUGGUUACAAAGGUGAACAGGGUGAAAGAGGUGAAUGUGGCCUUCCAGGAACCAAAGGUGACAGGGGUCCAGAAGGUCCACCAGGGCCCAGGGGGCUAAGAGGAGUACAGGGUUAUCCAGGAUCCCCUGGAGACCAUGGGCCUGAAGGCUUUCAAGGACAAAAGGGUGAACGUGGACUUCCUGGGCCACCUGGCCUAACUGGUGAAACUGGAAUUGGUCUUCCAGGCCCAAAGGGUGACAUUGGUUUCCCCGGAAGACCAGGACCUGUUGGCCCACCAGGGAUUGGUGAACCUGGAUUGCCAGGUCCCCCAGGACCUCAAGGUCUUCAGGGAGAUCGUGGUUUACCUGGAGAGGGUUGGCCAGGAUCGAAGGGCGAUCGUGGUUAUGAAGGACCAAAGGGACCUCGUGGAGCUCCGGGUGUGGGUAUUAAGGGCGAAAAGGGUGAAAUAGGUUUUCCUGGAUUGCCUGGCCCUAUUGGUCCACCUGGAGUUGGACUGCAAGGUGAAAAGGGAGUACUAGGUCCAAGAGGACCACCUGGCCCAAGAGGACCUCCAGGUGAAGGCUUGCCAGGAUCAAAGGGUGAUCAAGGUUUGCCGGGAGAAGUUGGUGCCCCUGGAGAAAGAGGAAUUGGAGAGCCAGGACCAAAAGGUGAACCUGGCUCCUCAGGAUUGGCAGGUCUCCCUGGUCUUCCAGGAGAAGAUGGCGCACCAGGACAAAAGGGAGAACCAGGAUUGCCAGGACCUCGAGGGGCUGAAGGAGCACCUGGCAUAGGAAUUCAAGGAGAGAAGGGUGAUAUAGGUCAGACUGGGCUGCGAGGUUUGGUUGGUCCACCUGGAAUAACAGGGCCCACAGGACCAAAGGGUGAACCAGGUGCUGCAGGGCGCCUAGGAAUGCCAGGUCUUCCGGGACGUGGCAUUAUGGGAGUAAAGGGUGAUCCAGGUCCCCCUGGUCCCGUUGGUCCUGUAGGUGAAACUGGAAUAGGAAUCCCUGGUCCUAAGGGCGAUCGUGGUCACCCAGGACCAUCUGGACCCAUUGGACCAAAAGGAGAUGGCUUUCCAGGCUCACCUGGUUUGCCCGGUCUUCCAGGCCCUACAGGUGAACAGGGACCUGUAGGAAUUGGAUUCGCAGGACCAAAGGGAGAUCCAGGAGCCAGAGGGCCAAAUGGUGUGGCUGGACCUCCAGGAGAAGGACUUCAAGGUCAGAAGGGAAUGGUAGGAAGACCAGGACCACCUGGACCCCAAGGUCCUCCAGGGGAAGGCAUUCAGGGACCCAAGGGGGAUCAAGGUUUUCAAGGACUGAUAGGACCUCGUGGACCACCAGGGGAAGGGUUUUUGGGACCCAAGGGUGACCGUGGUGUAACAGGUGAACGAGGUCAGAAGGGAAGUAAAGGAGACGUAGGUGAUGCUGGUUCUGCUGGUGCAACUGGAAGACCUGGAGCAAAGGGUGAUCCUGGCUUAACAAGAGAGGAUGUCAUCAGAAUGAUAAAGGAGAUAUGUGGUUGUGGAAUUAAAUGUAAAGAAAGACCAAUGGAACUUGUAUUUGUGAUUGAUAGCUCAGAAAGUGUGGGGCCAGAUAACUUUGAAAUUAUAAAAGAUUUUGUCACUGCACUUGUCGACAAAGUAACAGUUGGCAGGAAUGCUACUCGAAUUGGUCUUGUCCUCUACAGCUUGGAAGUACGAUUAGAGUUCGGUCUAAGUCGAUACUUGACACAGCAAGAUGUCAAACAGGCAAUUAGGAAAAUGCUAUACAUUGGUGAAGGCACAUACACAGGAACAGCUAUCCGCAAAGCAACUCAGGAAGGAUUCUAUGGAGCUCGGCCUGGUGUGAAGAAAGUUGCUAUAGUGUUAACAGAUGGGCAGGCAGACAGAAGAGAGACGGUUAAACUGGAUGUUGCUGUACGUGAGGCUCAUGCCGCAAACAUUGAGAUGUUUGCAAUUGGUAUUGUAAAUACGACUGACCCAACCCAAGCUGAAUUCUUGCGUGAACUGAACCUAAUUGCCUCAGAUCCUGAUACUGAGCACAUGUAUCUCAUUGAUGAUUUCAAUACUCUUCCAGCUCUGGAGUUGAAAUUGGUCAGACAGUUCUGUGAGGAUGAAAAUGGUGCUUUGAUUUAUAACCAAGUGAGAAAUGUAAUAACAAACAGAAGCCCAUUAUAUUCAAUAACUCCAAGUUCUACACAUACCAGGAACCAAAUUGGACCAAGUGCUACAAAGCCUAGACAAACGAUUGUAUCUGGAGAGAUGAAAGUAAAUGCACCGGUGAAGCCUUUUCCAUUUAGAUCUAUCUCUGUUGCAAAACCUCCCAAGAUCAAUGAACAGGUGAAACAAAAGCCAGAAAGAGCUGAUGAUGAUUCUAAUGAAGAAAAGGACCUGAAACUUGUAACCCCUUUGUUUCAAUCAAAGGGCAGUAACAUUCCAUCAGUCAAUAAAAACUACUCAGGUAUACACUCACAAUCUGCAAAGCCUAUGAAAGAAUCUGUAAUGUCAGCCUCGCUGCCAGAAAAAACUUCAGUUUCAGAUCCUCUCUGUCAACUCCAUUUAGACCAAGGGACUUGUCGUGACUAUAUAAUUAAAUGGUAUUAUGAUAAACAGGCGAAUGCUUGUGCACAAUUUUGGUACGGUGGCUGUGGCGGAAAUGCUAAUCGUUUUGACAAUGAAGACAAAUGCAGGAAAACCUGUGUAGUUUCCAGUACUGCAGAAUCCUGAUGUGGAUCCUAAAAAGUUAUUUCAGCAAAUCAUUGAGGAACAGGAGGAAGACUGAAAACUAUCUUUGUGCAUUUAUUUUUUAAUAUUUUGAUAACCACACAAAUUGAAAUUGUAUAAAAUGUUAAUACAGAUGAUUAUGUUUUCGUUAACUUUUUGAUAUAAG